GACUCUGAUUCUGAGUCCACAAACGGUCAAUGAUGAUGAUUGUGAUGACGAACGGCUGCUGAUGGUGUGGCGUCAAGUCAACCAUCUGUGAAUACCAAUCUCGUCGUCUACGUCUGCACGUCACUUUUGCAAGGCGGUAGAGUAGCAGAGGGUUCGAAAUGAGUAGACCGUCUGUUUUAUGCCACCCAAACUAUGUCUGGCCCUGCUCUGGGUGAGCUGUGAUUCGGAGCUCAGCUAGCCUGUCUGUUUCACGCCUUUUGUAAGUUCAAAAUUCGUUCCGGGUCCAAUGAAACUUUGCUUCAGGGGCACAGGCGAGUCAAGCACGAUCGGUUUCUUUGGAACGUCAUCUCAUCACGCACGUCGUCCGAGCAGUCGCGGCCAACAAAUGAAUUUUAACAGCGGAGCAGGAUAGGAGAAGCAGUUCUGGAUCUUUCACUUGUUGCAACUGUUGUCCGAGGUGCUCUCGGAGGAUCCCGUUGAAGAUGAGCUCCCGGCCAACCAGCCCAACUGGCAGUAUCUCGGAGCAGCCUGGUCGACGGUUCCGUCCGGUAUCUUUGUCAUGCAGUCUUUCCGAAGAGGAGACCUAUAGUCGACUGGUUGAGCAUGGACGACAAGAACUGCUCAAUGCUCAAGUAAAAGGCAAUGGGCGCAGCGGCAGUCGCAUUACCCAGGUGCCGGAGGAUGGCCUACUGCCGUCGAGUACACCGUCACCACCGCCGGUUAGCAAUCCGAGCGCGCUUUCAAGAAGCGUGUCGUCCGUCAUCGUCAAAGACUCUCUGUGGAUGGCAGCACUCGAAGAUGCCGCCUACAAAUCUCCCUACCAGAGUAGCUCGAAUCUGCACGCUGAACCUCACGGCCAGGCGCAAUCGUCUCCUGGUCACGCACGGCCGUCCUGUCUACCACUUCGGAGAGUCUCGUCACAGGUAAGCCCUCCGACUUCUCACCCAGCAGAGCAACCGAGCAGUCCUGCUCCAUUCAAUCUAGAAGUGUACGACAGCUCGCCAUCGGCACCUCGUCGAGACUUUCGCGCACUGGGCGCUACCUCUCCUUCUUCGCCAGGAGGUGGUGAUCGUGUUGGGAAACAAAGCAUUGGCAAGGGCCACGAAGGUGUGAGCGUGACGGCCCAAGAGCAGAGGAGGGCGAGGAAGCCACAAAGGAUUCGCCGCCUCAGCAGCAUUCUGAACAGCUUCACGUGUGACCUUGUGGCAACGGACAUCGAGUACGAAGUCCCCAUACCGCAGCCAUCGGCGCUCAGUCGUUUGACGAGCUCUGCGGCGCAGAGAACGAGAGAGGCUGCGGCAAGACUGGGAUCAUGCUGCUGUUCACGGGAAGGCGAGUACGACGUGACGCAGAGCUCCGUCGAAGAUGGGCCGGGGUUCUCAGAUCCGGAGAGUGCGACGGAGCAAGAACCACGAGCACGUCUAGCCAGCAUUAGCAGUACAACUAGCGGUGAGGAUGGUGGGAAGUGGAGGAAGAUCUUGCAUGGAAUCUCAUUUGAAGCACAGCCAGGCAAGAUGAUCGCCAUCCUUGGAGGGUCAGGGUCUGGCAAAACGUCGUUCCUGGAUGUUCUCUCUGGCCGCUCACCCCCGGACUGCAAGGUGUCUGGCAAACUGACUAUCAAUGGGUCUGUCGUGCACUCCGGGUCCGAGGAGCUCAAAUUCUGUGUGGGUUAUGUGACGCAGCAAAUCUUUCUUCUGCCGAUGUUGACGGUUGAGGAGACGUUGUGCUUUGUAGCACUGCUGCGCCUGCCAAAGAAGCUAUCGCAUCAGGAGAAAUUGAUGCAGGUAUCACAAGUGCUUGGCUACCUUGGUCUGGAGCCCCUUGCACAGCGUCUUGUCGGCGGUGAAGAGCUGAAGGGUCUGUCCGGUGGACAGCAGAGGCUUGUAGCCAUAGCAACACAGAUGAUAUACAACCCGGGUGUUCUAAUCCUUGACGAGCCCACAUCUGGCUUGGACAGCUACACGGCCGAGCAUGUUUGCAAGACACUGCAUGAACUGGCCAUGCAGCGGUCCCGCGCCAUUGUCCUGACUAUCCACCAGCCAGGCCCAGAGAUCACACAGCUAUUCGACCAUGUCCUCAUCCUAUCAAGUGGCCAUACCAUCUACAACGGCGCGGCCGAUCGUCUUGUCCGCUACUUCAAUAGCCUGGGCUACACGCUGCCGGAGUUCACGAAUCCGUGCGAUUAUUACGUUGACCUGGCGACCAUUGACACGCGGUCUUCAGUGAGGGAGCAGCAUUCGCGCAGCUGCUUUGAUUUCCUAGUCAACGCCUAUACAGACUUCACUCAAGACCUCUGGAGCUUGGAUGAUGAGAGCGAUGAUGAAGGCGAUGAAGAGGAAAGGACAACAACUGGAGGAAGCACUCCUGGAAGUGGUACAUUCAACUUGAGCCGCUGGAUUCCAGCCAUGACUCCGAUGCACCCGAGCAGGCGCCAGAUUGCUUCAUUCGCUUCCAGUCAUCAGAUCCACCGACGCCGUACCCAGUUCCUGUCCAUCGCCACUCUACCCAAGAUGGUACCCACACGGCCUGAGAGUGUCAACAGCUUUGUCAAGUUUGGAAUUCUACUGAGGCGUACCGUCAAGAAUGAACUGCGCGACUCGACGGAGCUCCUCCACCAGGCAUUCCAUGCGGCGCUGCUCUCGUUGCUCUUCGGCCUGGUCUUCAUCCAGCUGGGCAUGGAGCCUGCAGACCUGCGCAACCGCAAAGCCAUUCUCUUCAUCUCCUUCACGCUCUAUCCGUUCAUGGCUGUCUUUGAGACGAUUGCAAAAUAUGCUGGACAGCAGAUGAUGGUGUUUCAUGAGAUGGUGAAUGGCCUCUACACGUCAACACCGUUUGGUGUUGCCAAGAUUCUCGGUGAGCUGCCUGCCAGCUUGCUACUCUCGGCUGUCUACAGCAUACCGCUUUACUUCAUGUCAUCGCUACGUCUGGAAGCUUACGCCUACUUCAGAUUCCUGCUGCUGGUGAUUCUGCUGUUGCAGAUAGCACGGAUGAUGGCCUUGGCCGCUGGUGUCAUUACACAGUCGCCCAACUACGCAGCUCUAACGGCUAACUUACUCUUCACUGGAUGGAUAUUGACAGCUGGCUACAUCAUCAACAUCAACAACCUCUGGCCAGGAAUACAAUGGGUAGCGUAUAUAAGUCCUAUUAGGUAUGCUUUCCAAGCGGCUUCAAUCACGGAACUGGAAGGGCGUGUAUUUAGUGACUGUCCAGCUGCAACUGGUACACUGAUGAAUGCAACCAGCCAUACUGUCAUGCAACGAAUGACCUCGGCGAUCACCACUGCGCCAACCUCCUGCAACCAGCCACUAUCCGGUGACAGUGAUCUUACAGACCUUGGGUUCGACUUGCUGACGUAUCGCGAGUGUGUGGCGAUCAUGCUGGGCAUGUACGCAGGGUUUGUGGCCAUCGUCCUCACCGCCAUGCGCAUCCGUAGUACAUCUCGGCCUGAGUAGAGGUGAGGCUCAUUACACUGCUAUAGCUACUGAAGUACUCGGCGAUUCUGCAGCCCCAGUGUCACUAGCCGUCUGUGAUCUGUUGGGAACUGUUCGAGCGUACAGCUCUGUGGAUUGAACCAUUGGAUGCCCGGUGAGCACUGGCGGUGAAGGUUAAAACGAAUAAUUAUGAUUUUCAUGACGAACUCGUCACAACUAGAGUCUGGCAGCAGAGUGCAUGCAGGUAAAAACCAUGAGCCUGUGCAUGCCCAUACAGGUCAUGUGACAACACGAUUAUCACUGUCGGGUUCAGAUUGAGAACUGCAGGAAGUGUGUGCACUUGCCCGUUUCACCUCACACUACACUGAUUUUAAUGUCAGCCACUUGGUGAUCUGCUUUGAACCUGCUGCACGCAGCAUGCAUUAUAGUUACGUGCACUUCUUGAGGCAUUGGACACAUUCGUGAUGAGUCCAAUGCAAGCGCUAGUAUCUUUUCAACGCUGGUCUAAGCUAUAAUAUGGCCUGGUUGACAUCAUUACUGUUGAGACCAUACCCGCUACCCGCUUGACCAAUCCACUGGGCUUAAUCUCCACUCCUACUUUCGCCUAUGGUGUUCUGGUUAAUGAUGCCGGGUCGUGUGGGGACAAGCCCACCCAACAACGUACAGUAAUGUCAUGUACUGCCAUUCUUUCAUUUCCCUCCCGAAGAACUUGAAGAGUUUGAAAUGUGA